GUCAAGCACACCAUACCGACGCUCUUCGCGCCUAUUUGUACCCAGUAUCGUAGUUGCGCAACCUCCCGACGAAUUCAAGAUGGGUAUCAUGCUCAGGCCGCCUCCGGGCACUCCUGGCUCUGCCUUGCCUGCCAUUUUUAUCGGUCUCUUCGUCGCCUUCGGUGGUGUUCUCUUCGGAUAUGAUACUGGCACGAUUGGUGGCAUCCUGGGCAUGAACUACUGGAGGAAGGAGUUCUCAACCGGCUAUAUCAACACCAAAGACCACCUACCGGAUGUCACUUCCAGCCAAUCAUCUGAGAUUGUAUCUAUUCUUUCCGCCGGAACUUUCUUUGGUGCCUUGACUGCUGCUCCCGUUGCCGAUUUCAUUGGUAGACGAUUGGGAUUGAUUGCAUGCGUAAUGGUCUUCUGCUUAGGCGUCAUUCUGCAAACCGCUGCUACGCAGAUUCCCAUGUUCGUCGCUGGCCGUUUCUUUGCGGGUUAUGGUGUCGGAAUGAUCUCAGCCACAAUCCCUCUUUACCAGUCUGAAACUUCUCCCAAGUGGAUUCGUGGUGCUGUCGUCGGUUGCUACCAGCUGGCUAUAACCAUUGGUCUCCUUCUCGCCGCCAUCGUCGACAAUGCCGCAAAGAAUCGCAAUGAUACCGGCUCCUACCGCAUUCCAAUUGCUGUUCAAUUUGCAUGGGCCAUCAUUUUGAUCACGGGAUGCAUAUUUCUUCCUGAAACUCCACGUUACCUAAUUAAGACGGGCAAGCCGGAGAAGGCCGCUAGAUCGCUCUCCAAGCUUCGAAGACUCGACGUCGAACACCCUGCUCUCUUGGAAGAGUUGGCUGAGAUCACUGCCAACCACGAAUACGAGCUGUCUCUUGGCAAGGCCACUUACUUCGACUGCUUCAAGGGCAACCUAGGAUUCCGUCUCGCUACUGGCUGCCUCCUCCAAGCCCUUCAGCAGCUGACUGGUGUGAAUUUCAUCUUCUACUAUGGUACCUCCUUCUUCAAGAACUCCGGCAUCUCCAACCCGUUCGUCGUGAGCUUGAUCACUUCUUGUGUCAAUGUCGGAUCGACUUUCCCGGGUUUGUACAUGGUUGAGAAAUGGGGUCGUCGCCCCCUACUCCUCUUUGGCGCCAUCGGUAUGGCCGUUUGCCAAUUCAUCGUCGCUAUUACCGGAACUGUAGCUGGUGUCCAGAAUCUUGCCGCUCAGAAAGCUUUGAUCGCUUUCGUGUGUAUCUACAUUUUCUUCUUCGCCUGCUCUUGGGGACCCGUUGCGUGGGUCGUCACCGGUGAGAUCUUCCCGCUCAAAGUCCGUGCAAAGUCGCUUUCUAUGACCACCGCGUCCAAUUGGCUUCUGAACUGGGCUAUUGCAUAUGCAACACCCUAUCUCGUAAACAACGACCCCGGCGACGCCAACCUCGGCUCCAAAGUCUUCUUCAUCUGGGGCGGCUGCUGCUUCAUCUGCAUCUUCUUCGUGUGGGGCAUGAUCUACGAGACCAAGGGUCUCUCCCUCGAGCAAGUCGACGAGUUGUACGCCAAGGUGCCGCAUGCGUGGCAGUCGUCCGGCUUCGUGCCCAGUGUUAGCUUCCAGGAUGUCGCGGAUGUGCAGCACCAGCAGGGCGCGCAGAGGAAGAUGAGCUUGACGGAUUAUGAGCUGGAGGCACAGAGGAAGAGGAGCGUGACCUAUAAUGAGGGAAAUGAGAAGGAGUAUUAGUCGACGUAUGAGAGGAUAGGGAGAGUAUGACAGAGAGGGAUGGGCGUGUCUUGGGGUAGACAGUAGUUGAAUGAGUUGGCGGGUAAGGUGUUUUGGCUAGAGAAUACGAGUAACGAAUGUAUGGAAGCAAGCAAACUUCAUUUCAUCUUUCUUAUGCAUUUAGAUUCAGGCCUGGAUGCUUGUGACGACGUCGUAAUUUGAUUUAAGGAUUCUAAGAACUGUGAAGCACUUCGGCACUAGAGAUAUCUGAAGACGCCUCAGC